GUAUUCAUCUCGAUCACACCAAAACAGCAAAACACCGGUAAUUAUUUGUUUAAAAUUUGUAAUUUACUGUUCAAAGCUUCAGACUUAAGCGUUUAACGUACCUAACGGUUAACUAUAUUUUUUUUGAGUUUAAGACUAUUUGGGUCUAUUUUUUGAAAAAGGUCGAAGAGUGAGGGAGACUCAGUUUUUUAAAAUAGCACCUAUAAUUAUGUCUUUUGACACGUCUUGGGAUGUUGAUAAAUACAGAUCUGAACAUGAAUAUGAAGAUCAUUGGCAAUUUAGGCGUCAGUUUUUAGUUGCUCAUCAAGACAAAUUCCCUGAAGAUCGAUUAGUGUGUUUAGCCCAAGUGUUUUUUAAUGUUGAGUUUUUAGGAUGCCAGUACCCUAAAAAAGUCAUGGACCUUAUUGAAACACUAUCCGAAGGUUUAGCUGAUGACUUAAGAGAAAAACGUAAAGGAAAAUUACAAAGAACUUUUGUUGCAGCAUCAGAUGCUGCCGAAGCUAAAGCUAAACGCUAAAAUUAUCAUAACACUACAUAUCAGAUCAAUAUCAACCAGAUAAAUUACAAAUUACAAACUAAUUAUUCACACAUUUAUAAUUACUGAACUAUUAAAAUUAUAAAACCAAUAGAUUAAAAAUAAUAAUUUUUAAUAUGCAUUAUGAUCUAAUAAUAAUAUACAAUUUUUUUGUUUUUUUUUAAUGAAUUGAAGACUUAUAAUAAUAUAUAGGUAAUAAGUAUAAUUUGUAUUUUCAAUGUUGUUUUUUUUUUGUUUAAACAAUACUAUUUAAUAUUAUCAUACUUAGAUUAUAUUAUUCUUGACUAAAGCCAAUAUUCCUGGCACCUAUACAUUGCAUGUAUUCUUAUUAUAUUAUAUUUCAUUGUCCUAUGGUUAAUAUUGUCUAUAAUUCAGGGAUGGCAAACCUUUCUGUACUCAUGUGUCAAAUAAAAAUUUUUAUUUUUUA